CACUACCUCCCGAUGUGUACUACACCCAAUUUCGACUUCAAUCUUGUAUUUUCCAAUUUGAUGCCGUAAGGUGCACUGAUGGUUUGUGGGUAAGAAUGAAGUUGCACGACACUGAUGUGGCAUAACACUGUAUUUAUGCACAAGGUAUAUGAUGACUACGACACCAGAGACUGAACUAGAGACGACCACAGUUCGGACCAACUCAAUGAGAACUAUAAAUACAGGGUCAGUCUCGCUGUCUUCAUCCAGAUAAUCCACCAACCAUGUACAUCCCUCCAUUCAACACCACCUCAUACUCCAGCACCACCCAAUCACCCAAUCCAUCCUGGACAUAUGGCCAGAGAGUCUACGCCACUCCUGCCGGAAAAGACUGGCUUGCAGGUGAAUCUGCAGGCCGGAAAGUCUACAGCACAACAGACAUGGACAAGACCAAUCUCAACAAGCUCUUGAUUUCAGGCGUUCUACCACGCCCCAUGACCCUCGUAUCCACGAUCAGCGAGGAUGGCGUAGAGAACCUGGCACCUUUCAGUUGGUUCAACACAGUCACGAACUACCCGCCUGUCAUCUCAUUCGCGAUCAACCACAAUGCUACGGGCAGCCUAAAAGAUACGACCGCGAACCUGAAGAACGGCCAAGGAUUCACCGUGAACAUCAUCAGCGAGGCAUUCGUCGAGAAUGCAAAUUCGACUGCCGUAGACGCUCCUCCCGAGUUCGACGAGUGGGCUCUCAGCGGUCUGACAAAGGAGAAAUGCGUGCAAAUAAGAGCCUCGCGCGUCAAAGAAAGCGCUUUUAGCAUGGAGUGCGAGCUGUACAAUUCGAUAGAUAUCACGCAUCCAGUCACCGGCGAGCAUAACGGCACGCUUAUCCUCGCGCACGUCAAGUACUUCCACGUGCGCAAAGACAUGCUCACAAGCAGAGGUGCCGUCGACCUCACAAAAUUCAAGCCUGUCGCGCGUGUGGGCGAUAUUUCAUAUGCCCGGGUCGGAGAUACAUACAGGAUCCCUGUGCCUUCAUGGGCGAAGGAGGAGGGAAAGAUACAGGAAGCAUUGAAGACACUCGCAUCGCUAUAAAAUAGAACGAGGGUGGCUUACCAUUUCUGAGGAACAUAUGGAACAUAUACCAUAGAUCAUAUAGACAUCAGCAUCCAGGCGGGAUAGACUCCGUCGCUAUUUCUUAUCCCUAUGAUAGAGCUUUAUAAUUGACUAGCAAGCCGUAUUUUUCCAAGUGCACAUGUUGACUC